AUGGCCGAAGGAGCCAACAAGUCCUCUCUGGCGAGCUCAAUUUUCUCCUGGUCGAGAAGCACUACCCCUCCGCCCAAAUCACCGCUACCGAAAACCAACGAUGCGUCACCCGCUCUAAGACAGUCCUCAGGCCUUGACCAUACCGUCAGUCUAGGACCUUCUCCAAGCCUCCGGAGAUACCCCAAGGACUGUCCCCCUCUCAAGCCAAGAUGGCAUUAUGCUAUCGAUGUAGCCAAACGGAAACCUUUUGCCCCAGACCCAACACCUGAAGAAAAGGCCAAACCUCCACCAGUCCCAAAGAAAUUGGUGGCUUUCUCAGCGUCAGACUCUCAGAGCAUAGAGAAAGCAUAUCAAACUCUUGCUGAAAGGAACCCAAGCAGAGACGGAGGUGCCGAGCCUCCCACCAGCACUACAGUAGCGGUCAACGAAGACUUUUUGUAUGAUGUCGAUAUUGAGAAGCGUGAACUUCUCCCCGCCUACUGGCUAGGCCCUGUCUACGAAGUCCGCAGAGGUACCUGGUUCUAUGCAGAAAAUCCAUUGAAGCCUUGCGACGAGAAUCUAGCCAAUCAGCUCGAGGAAGGCUACAUCAAAGUAGCACCGUGGAGACGGUUAAACCUGCAAUCUCCACGGUCUGCCUCACAACCUAGGACUCGACCCAACUCGGCGAUUAUUGACGGCUCAUCCACUCAAUCGCUAAGUAAAUCGCCCGCCCCGCAGGACGACGGUCAACCUCCAAACCCAAACACGUAUCGCUUGUUCGGAACUCACAUGAAUACAACUGUCACAUAUCAGGACGAUACUGUGGCCUACCUGACAACGGAUGACUUUCUUUCUCGCGUCAGUAGCACAGUCUAUGGUAAGUUUAUUGGAUAUGGUGGCACAAAGGUCGUUCGGGGUUGGUCAGAUGCAAAGCUUGCCGAUCCGCCCAAGGUCGACCAGAAAGAUGAUUCAAAAUCCACAGAGGCGACAAGUACCAAGGAGAAGCGUAGAUCUGCAAAAAUCCCGCCAGAGGCUACUCCGAGUGCCGGCGAAGAGACAAUCCAGGCAGAGAAGAAAGACAAUGUUGAGAAACCGCGGCGGACGGCGUUAGAGCGUCAGAUCUCGUCUUUGGCGGGCCUUCCCAAGGCUGACGACUCCGACGACUUAGGCGAAGAGGAAGAAGCCAGGGAACAGGAAGAACGCGAAAUGGAAGACGCCAGAGAAAGAGAUGGAGAAGAUCAAGCAAGACAGAUUGACCAUUUGGUGCUCCUGACCCACGGAAUCGGUCAACGUCUUGGUCUUCGGCUUGACAGCAUCAACUUUGUCCAUGAUGUCAACACUUUGCGCAAGACCAUGAAAGCGGUGUACGAAUCGGCGCCUGACUUACAGGCCCUAAGCGGGGAUCCUAAGAAUUGCAAAGUCCAAGUGCUGCCGAUAUGUUGGCGGCAUAAGCUCGAUUUCCCCAAGCAAAGUCUCAGGCAAAACCGCAAAGAAUAUGACAUUGGAGAUGCCGAUGCCUUAUUUGAUGAUGAUUACCCUUCGUUGCAAGAUAUCACUGUGGAUGGCGUACCGGCGGUGCGCAACCUAAUUACCGAUUUGGCUCUGGAUGUCCUUUUAUAUCAAAGUGCCUACAGAGAACACAUCGCAUCCAUUGUACAAAAGGAGGCCAACCGAGUUUACCAGCUCUUUAAGCAACGAACGGACUUUUCAGGAAAGGUUAGCUUCUGUGGCCAUUCCCUUGGGAGCGCAAUAUGCUUUGAUCUCCUUUGCAGACAAGAGGAGGAUCUGAAGACACGACCGAGACGAGUCUCCAGCAAAACAUCGCGCGAACACGGUAUCGAGCAAAAUGAUCUUCGUCUCGACUUUGAGGUGGAGAAUUUCUUCGCCAUCGGUUCGCCGGUUGGUCUUUUUCAGAUGCUCAAGGGGAGGAUGAUCGCUGCUCGGCCUUCUCCUGGCGCCAGCGCUUUUGGGGCCACUGUCGUGCCGACAUCUCCAUUCGACCCGGAUCCCAUGAGAAACGACCCCUUCGAAAGUGUCGCAUCGAAAUUGACCAUUGGCAACAGUCCUACAGGUCUAAUACCAAUUACUACGUCUUCACCCAAAUGCAACGAAUUGUUCAACAUUUUCCAUCCCACAGACCCUAUCGCUUACCGUAUGGAACCCCUCAUUUCACCGGCUAUGGCACAGCUGAAAUCCCAACCGAUACCCUACACUAAGAAAAACCUCUUCGCCGCUCCUGGUAUUUCAAGCAUUUCUGAACGGGUCAGCCAGCAGAUCAUAUCGAGUUGGUACAAUCUUACCUCGGGUGUGGCAUCCAGCCUGAUUAAUAGAAGCCUGGGCAUUACUGGAGAAGAGCAAGCCUUGUCUCAGGACAAGGCCAAGGCCGUAACGGCGGCCAAAGAAGCUAGCCAAAUAAAUCCCCAACUCGACAUCCCUGUUGCAGACGAGAAAAAGCAGCAAGAACUCGCCGAGGCAGCGAAAUCGUCCCCACCAACAGAACAAGCACCAACCCUUAUCGACUCUGAAAUGGAAACACUCUUUGCAGGUUUCCAGAAGCGUCAGGCUGCCACCGACACACUCGACGACGAAGCUCAAGCACGAACUUCUACGGAGUUCCGACAAUCGCAAGAGAGGGCGAGGAAACUCAAGCGUGAAGAGGCCAAAGUACGAGCGUUGAACAGUAACGGACGGGUCGAUUACCAUAUCCAAGAGGGCAUGUUUGAUGUGUCUCUGCUCGCUAGUAUCGCAAGUCACUUGAGUUAUUGGGCGGAUGAGGAUGUAAACCACUUCAUGAUUGGACAGAUGUUGAAAACCAAAGGCAGGGAGUCCGAGAGAGGGAGAGGGAUGGAGGAUUCGUGGUGA